UUGAAAAGAUCAAAAAGUUGCUUUUGUUUAUAAUCAGGUAAAAAAUACAACAUAAUAUUAUAUUUUUUUAAUGUUCUGCUGACAAAAUUUAAUACAGUGAAACGACCGUGUAAUCAAGCCAUGAUGGUCGAAUGCGGAGUUUGUCUUGAGGAAUACCCGGAAGGCGAGGUGGAACUGCAUCGGCAGAUGUGUGUGGUGCGAUUGAUGUUCCGGUGCGUCAUUUGCGACGAAGAUUACAUGAGCAAGGAAGGACUGUGGAAUCAUCUUGACCUGCAUGAGAUUACAGAUGAAAGUAAGGAACUGCACUAUCAGGAAAUAAAAGCAAAACACAAGUUGCACCAAUGCGAGCUCUGCAACGACCAACGUGCGUAUUUGAAGAGUCACUACUGGAAGCACGUUCAAGACGUUCACGAUGGGUUCUUCCUGCGGUGUUCUGAGUGUGGGGAAAACUUUCGAUCUGAAAAGCUUAAGAAUGAUCAUACCCAGAGCCAUUGUAAGCUUAGGGAUCAAACGGUAACAUCGGAAUUGGCUGAUCGAAUGGUCAGUCGCGUAAUCUUUCCUUGUGUAGUUGAAAAAACAACUUCUGAUGCUGAACAAUCGCGAAGAGAGCAGGGCAACAAAUCAAAUGAAGCAGUUGGUGUAAAUUCUCGACUGGAUGAGAAUUCACCUGUUGAUUUGAACGAUGUUACCGAAACAAAGAUGCUUUCUAUUGAUACUACUGAUAAUGAUUUGAUGCAACCUGUGCUGCCAUUCAUGUGUGAUAUUUGCGGUAAUACAUUUUCUUCUCACUUUAAGGUCCAGUAUCAUAAGAAAGCGAUACACGGACGGAUAUAUAAAUGUCCUCACUGUCGGAAAUUAUUUAAUAUGGAAGAUUAUCACGCACACUUAUUAUUAUGUGAAAAAAAGAAAAGAUAUCCAUGUGAAUCAUGUCGUACACAAUUCUCAAAGCCAUUUUAUCUUGCUAAACAUAUGAGACUGGUUCAUCAAGUUAUUAGAACUUUGAACAACAAGAAGCAAGAUCAACCUCACACGGAGCAAAUUAAUAAACCAACAGAAACAAUUACUAGUUCUGGUAAACAAACAGCAGAUACUAGUGUGAUUGAGCACUCAGCACCUGCUAAUUUUAAUGCAGUUCAGGAUACAGAUUGUAAUGUAGUUGAGAAGAGCAUCGCAGAGACGAGCUUGCAGCUACUUACUGAUAAUUCAACAAGAAGAUCAUCCGCGAUAAAAUGUGACCACUGUGACAAAAAGUAUAACAGUCGUAAAAUUUUAGGUGCUCACUUCAGAAAACAUCAUAAGCCGAUAAAGUGUAGCAUCUGUGGAAUCACCAUUUAUGGUGCGCAGAAAGUUUUAUAUCAUAAGUUGACUCACGAGGAGCUACCAUACAAUUGUGCUACAUGCAAGAAAAAAUUUGGUUCGAAAUUGGAUUUUGAGGAACAUGUUAGUAAUUGUGUUCCUGAACAGAUUGACUCUCCUAAACUUACUUUGAAAGACAGGAGUGACCCAAAAGUAGCGAAGGAGAAACCUUCGGGUAAGGAUUGUCCCCAAUGUGGAAAAAAUGUGCGUGAUGCUGUUGCCCUAAAACGUCAUAUCCAACACAGCCAUGUGCCAACAACAUGUAAUAUCUGUGGAAUUAGUUUCCCCAGUUUUUUGCGGGUGCGAUAUCAUAAGGCUGCAAUUCACAAAAUAGCGAAGCACAAAUGUCCUCGUUGUUCGAAGACUUUUCUCACGGAAAAACGACUUAAGAUGCAUAUAUCCAUAUGUGUUGACCGGAAUUGUGAGUUUUGUCUCAAAAUUUUCAAACAUCGAUGCUCUGUCAGUCGCCAUCAGAAUGGAGCUUGCCGUGUCAAACGACGUUUGGAGAAGAAACAGGAGAAGCAGCGGCUUCUAAUGGAGAGAAUUUCACUCUUCCGUAGUUUACAUUCAAACUUAAACAGUAUGCAUCAGAAAACAAAUCGCCAAGAUAAGAGCAAUUUGAGGAAUGUCCCAGAACAAUCACUGGUAAAUCCAUCCAUCAUAGUUGAUAAAGCCAGCCUUAACAAAAAUCCGAAUGCUAAAGAAGUAAUUUGUUCAAGUGGACAGAGCAAUGCAAUUGUUCCCGAAGAAAAUGAUUAUCUAGUUAGCUCUCGAGACAGUCAAUCAUUUGCUGAUGAUACGGAUAGUCAUAUGAUCAACAAGGAAUCCAGUGUGCUCUAUGUUGCUUCUAUGAAAGCUAAACGUGAUAGUUUAGAGAAGCCAUGUAUUGAAAAGCUAUCAGAGCACCAAUAUCGGUGCCCCAUCUGUGAUAUUAUUUGGCCUAGUUAUCGCAAAGCAAGGUAUCAUGCGCUGACGAGGCACAUUACAUCGAAGCUCCAAUGUUCCUAUUGUUUGAAGCAAUUUCAUUCUAAAUCAAUGUUAAAAAUACAUGCGAUAAGUUGUGUACAAACGAAAUAUCCAUGUGAUUUGUGUGGUAAAAAGUAUAAAAACGCGACCCGUGUCGAGGUGCAUAAGAUUCUAGUGCAUGGUAUUAACGAUAACAAGCCUUUUAAAUGGAAAAAUCGCGAUGCGAAUAGCAAAGGCACUGAUGACCAUAACAAAAACAGUGUUGGGAUGAAGCAUUCUAAGCAACCGUCAGCCGAUAGCAGAGGAGAUCCAUCGAGUGGAUCAUCCUGUGCACAGUGUUCUUACUGUGUGAAAUAUUUUCCCAGUGAAGAUUUAUUAUCUUUUCAUAUUAAAAAAUGUCAUGUUCCAUGUGCAUGUAAUAUUUGUGGAGCUAUUAUUGCUAGUGUCGAUAAACUAGGGUAUCAUAAGGCCACGACGCAUAGGAGUGCGAAACACAAUUGUCCUUAUUGUCCGCUUAAAUUUUAUCAAACCUCGCCUUAUCGGUUACAUAUAGUCAAAUGUAAGAAUCGGAAUUUUUCCUGUGAUCUAUGUGGUAGAAAGUUCCAAAGUUCUAAAACUUUUAAGUUGCAUAACAAAGUGCGUCAUCAAGAUAAGGAAGUGUUGAAGAAAGGUCAACAAUGUCGUAUAACUAAAACCGAAGAACGCAAGCAACAGCAAACCGAGAAGAUUGCUUUCACAAAGGAAAUUACAGAACAGGAAACAAAAUCAAAUCUAGUGGUCAUUACUGACUGUUCGAUUUGUGGAGAAAAUUUCGCUGACCAGCACUUAGUUUCCCGACAUAUCGAAACAACUCAUCGGAUGACUAUUUGCUUGAUUUGUGGAAUGACGUUUGCCAGUGCUGAUGAGCUAAUGAAUCAUAAGCUCAAUUGUUCUCAGCAUCUAGCAAAGCACAUAGAUUCUCAAUUCGAUACAGAAAAAAAAUCACUACUCCAAGGUGAGAAUUUAUCCAGCGGUGCAAAAGAAGUUCAAACUGAUUCCUUGCCACAAGAAGAAAAUAUUGAAAUCAAAAUGGAAAUUCAAGUAGAGGACAUAAUGCUGCAGACAGAGCAAUACCCAGUUUCAAGCAAUGAUCGAGGAAAAUCAUUCACCACGACUUCGGCCAGCGUUAGUGAACUUGAAGUUGGCAAGAUGAAAUGUCGUUCGAAAGCCAAAUAUACGUGUCCUACUUGUGGAAAAACAACUAACUACAUACGAAGCUAUAAAUCUCACAUGUCAAAUUGUAAGGGAAUCCCAACGAUAAUCAAUAUAAAUAAAACCACGCUCUUGCCACAUGAUGACCACGGACAAGACCAAGGACAAUCAACGGUUAAUCCAUCCACCAUACUUGAUGGUGCUGCCUUGAAGAAAAACGCAAAUAACCACGAAGCAGUUUGUUCGAUUGCAAAGAGUGAUACUCAAGCCGGUGCAAAAGAGAUUACUGAAAAGCAAUAUUUUUGUACCAUCUGUAGAAUUAGUUUUUCUACUAAAGAACAAGGCAAAUAUCAUAAGCUCAAAUAUCACACGAAAGGGAAACACCAAUGUCCCCACUGUUUGAAGAAAUAUCACCGAACCGGAGAUUUAAAAAAACAUGUUCCAGUUUGUGCGGGUAGAAAAUCUGCCUGUGAUUUGUGUGGUAAAAAAGUCAAAAACCUGAGUAUGGUCAAACAGCACAUGAAACGAAUCCAUCAUGUUGACAACAGCCGUAGAAAAAAAUCGGAGAUCGAAGUAACGAAUAGCACUGAGGAACAAAAGCCAGGCAGAGUUGAGACGAAAGAUUACAGUGGAGAGAAUUCAUCUUUAAAUAAGCUCACUUAUCCUCGGCAGCAGCUGGCAAAGCACGUUGAUUCUCAAUCUGAUACAGAAGGAAUCUCAUUGCUCGAAGGUGAGCACUCACCCAGCGGAUCAUGUAUGGCUGUCCAUGGUGCCAAAGAAGUUCAAACUAAUUUCAUGAAUUUGCCAGAAGAAGACUAUAUUGAUCUUAAAAUGGAAAUCCAAGCGGAGGACACAAUGCUACAAGAACAGGAAAACCAAGUACCAAAUAAUAACCGAGAGAAAUCAUCAACCACAACUUCGGACAGUGUUAGUCAGCUUGAACCUUGCAAGCAGCCGGAUGACGGUAAACCAAAGGUCGUUGCAUCUGAGGAUACAGAUCAUGUAACUGGAAUCGCCAUCAAAGUGGAAUGCCCAGGAGAUGAAGAAGUAGAGGAGACCUUAAUCGUUCCACAAAGUACAAUGGAACCAAUGGACCUUAUGCUUCAUGGAACUGAUGAUCAGGAGAAGGCAAAAUGCAGCAACAAGUAUUCCCAUCCUUCCUCAGAACUGUUAUGUACCAAAUGCGAUGUCAAGUUUAUUUCACGCCAUCAGUUAAAUUGUCAUAUGAAAAAGAUACACACUGAACCUCGUUUAAAGUGCCCAGAAUGCGAAAAAUCGUUCAACAAUCAACGCGUCCUUCGGAAUCAUAUGGAAGUACACUUAAAGGCCGCCAAGAAGGAACUUGGUGGCAAGAAUCACUCGUCGGAUGGUUCCGAACUUCGCAGAUCAAAGAGGACGAGGGUGAUAAAGAAAAAAUGAUUUGGUAAGGAAACUCCAGUUUUAAAUGCACAUUUUGCCAGUCGGGACAGACAGCAGACGUUUGACCAGUGCUUCAAAUUGUCAGUCGUGGUGUAACAAACAACCACAUAUUUCGCCAUAUUAUUAUAUUUUCGGAAUAUAAUAGGUGGGUAUAAUGACGCAGCUCGCACUCGGAUUUUUCUGUCAUACCUACCACGAGCGACUAUAAGCUUGUUCGACUUGCUUUGCAAUUUUCUUUAUUUUUGCGGUGAAAAGCCUAUAAAAAAUUCAAAUUACAUGUAGAUUAAUUUUCUAUUGUUCCCGUGGUCAUACGUCAACAUCUCGACCGAGUUCGACCAGUUAGAACCACCAUAUCACAUUCGGUUAUAUUUUGGCUGAAUGGACACCGGCACAAGUAACUCGAAGUAGGUUGGGUCGGCUGAAUGAACGAGCGCUCU